AUGCGCCUGCUCCUCGGUCUUGUCGUCUCCGGUUUCAUUGUGCAGGUCUGGGCUACGAUAGGCCAGUUCACCAUGAAGGAAGUCUUGAAUGGAUUCUUGAAGGUGACGCGGUUUGUGGUCAUGCGAUGCUUCUUCGCGUGGGCCCUAUGGGUCACGGUGCUGUGCGUCUAUCUUUGGGAGACACAUUACGUGAAGCGUCACUACUCGAAGGCAGAGUGGGGUGCGAGUUUGCAGACGCUAGACAGCUUUGACGGGCCGGAUGGAGACUGGAGCAGAAUGGGACCGGAUCUGCUGCUACGUGGCACAGCGCUUGGAUACCGAGACCCCGCAGUCACGCCGUAUUUGGAGACCUAUAACGAGCCAAGCGACACGAAAGGAUACGAUCGUCCUCCGAAUGACUGGAGCAAGACUUCGCCCCCCGAGAGCCUCGUGACAACGAGCGCGGGACGCCGCACAACGGAACUGCCGUCCGCAUGUCACCCUAGCUGGAAGGGGGUUCUACCGAGGGGCGACUGCAUCCUAGGACCUCAUCUUUCGAGCAAGGGUCCUCCGGAAUCGAAGCGGGUGGGGAUGACGAAGGCCUUAGUGGACUCUUACAAGAAAGUGGGUCUUAGCUCUGAUUUCACGAACACAGAGAGGGUGGUGACUGCGCCGCGGAGGUGGGUGCCUGAGGACCGGUAUUGGUCUGAGAAGGUGCAGAUCAUUCAGGAGAGUUUCGGACCGACGCUGUGCAGGACGCGAAGUAUGUAG